AUAAUGGCGGCAGACGUGGAUACGAAGAUAAAUAAUACGUGGAUAAUGUGGUUUCCAAUAGUAAUAAGUUUUAUUAUGUCCAUUAUUUGUUACAUAGUAACAGUAAGACUAAUACCCAAAGUUAAGGAUAUGUUUAUAAAAGCGAAUCUGUUCGGAAUUGAUAUGAGCAAGACUACCAGUGAAAAAGUACCUGAGUCUCUGGGAGUGGUAACAGGAUGCACAUUUUUAAUAACAAUGUUUUUAUUUAUACCAAUACCCUUCGGAAACAGCCUGUUUGGUGGAGAUUUUCCUCACGACGAAUUUGUAAAGUUUAUGGCAGCCCUCUUGUCCAUCUGCUGUAUGCUUUUACUAGGAUUCGCUGAUGAUGUAUUAGAUUUGAGAUGGAGACACAAACUUCUACUACCCACAGUAGCAUCAUUGCCACUGCUAAUGGUGUAUUAUGUAAACUCAAACUCAACUACAAUCAUAGUUCCUAAACCAUUCAGAAAUAUGUUUGGUUUAUCUGUGGACAUUGGAAUAGUCUAUUACAUUUACAUGGGGAUGCUAGCUGUAUUUUGCACCAAUGCCAUAAAUAUUUUAGCUGGAGUGAAUGGUUUGGAAGUGGGACAGAGUGUGGUCAUUGCUAUUUCUAUUAUGAUAUUCAACAUCAUGGAAUUAUUUGGGGCCUUGUGGAAGGCUCACCAGUUCAGCUUAUAUUUUAUGCUGCCAUAUAUUGGAAGUUCAGUUGCUCUAUUAAAGCAUAAUUGGUAUCCCUCAAAGGUGUUUGUGGGAGACACAUUCUGCUACUUUUCCGGAAUGACGUUCGCGGUGGUGGGAAUACUGGGCCACUUCAGCAAAACGACGCUCCUCUUCUUCAUUCCGCAAGUGUUCAACUUUUUGUACUCGUCUCCGCAGCUUUUUAAAUUGAUACCGUGUCCAAGACAUAGGUUACCAAAGUUCAAUUCGAAGACUGAUAGAUUAGAGAUAAGCACCACGUAUUUCCGUUACUCGGACCUCAACGUUAUGGGGAAGUUUGUGGUGAAAUUGUUUAAAAUAUUUAGACUGAUCCAAUGGAAGGAGAGGGAGGGCAUCGUGAUGACUAACAAUUUCACGCUUAUCAAUUUAGUCUUGUUCUAUCUAGGGCCUUUGCACGAAGCAAAACUGACGACAAUCUUGAUCGUAAUCCAAAUAGUGUGUUCUAUGCUAGCUUUUGCAAUUAGGUAUCCACUGGCAUCCGUGUUUUAUGAUAAAUAAAACGAUGCUUAGAUCACAGGGAGUAUGACCGCUAAAUUAGUGCAUUUUCGAUCACUAUAGUUGUCGUGUUCGUCAGGCAGAUGCACGUUAUUUUUUAGUACCUAAUGUGUAUGUAAAUAUAAAGUGAUCUAUAUUUGGAAAGUGACACGUUUUAUAUAAAUAUAUUUAUAUAUACAUUGUUUAAAUAAAACUGUUAUAGAAA